AUGAGGAGUCUCGCUGCUCUGCUCGUGUGUGUGUCCCUGUGCUGGGACGGGCUCAACGCUGUGUGCCCAGAACCUGCCACCCUGAAGGAUGCCAACGGCGGCAAGGUCUGUGCCCGCUUCUUUGAGGAUGCUGACUUAGUCUACGCUGAAAGCUGCAGUGGCGAGUCCAUGGAUGUCUUCCCCGGUGACGACGUGGCGAACGUGCCCUGGGCUUGGAACAACCGCGUGUCCUCGCUCGUCGUGGGCCGCGGAUGCUCCCUCACCGUCUGGGACCACUACUGGAAAACCGGCGCCAAGCGCAAGUUCUCCGCCGGCAUCCAGUACCGUCUGAGAGAGGUGUCUCAGGGGCUGUUUAGCAACUGGAACAACGACAUCUCAGGAUACUACUGCACCUGCUAG